AUGGCGACUUGGAAUUUCAUCGUUUGUAAAAUAAUUGAACGUGGAGGCUCGAUAACAGUCGUAAACUGCAAUAGAAUGAAUGGGAUGGGUACGGCCUUGUUGUGGGAUGAGGCGAAUGUUGGGUAG